AUGGCACCCAAAACUAGCAAAGACAAGGGAGUGGCCAAGGACGCCAGGGCGAAGGAGCCACCGGAGAGCGAGUUGGCGGCGCGGCGGACGCAGUUCGCCUACUUCCCCUUGACGGUCGAUGCGGUCCACCUUAGGGACUACUUCAAGCCUUUGUGGGUGGUGAAGACUGGGGGUGAGAUGACGGGGCACCCGGCCACGCGUCCUCCCUCGGCAGACCGGGAGGACAUAGACACCGUCAUCGAGGAUGUCGCCAAGGAUGCCGCGGCGGAAGCCGACAAGAUCGCCGCCGAGGAGGCCGCCAAGGGCGCUGCUGAGGACGCUGCCAAGGGGUCUGCCGGGGAGUCCGGCAAAGCCGCUGCCGAGGAGGCCGGGACGGCGAGCACCAGGGCACCCACCGAUGGAGAGGUGUUCGACGAGGAGGUGCUUGCUGCCGCCGGGCUCGAAGUUGUUAACGAGCCAAGUGCCGGUGGCGGCGGCUCCCAGGAAGAGCGGCUCCUCCAGGCCAUGAGUGCCAACUUACAGAAGCUCCAGGCGCUCCACCGCGCCCGCCAAGACAAGAUAAGAUCCAGGAUGGCCGUGGUGGACAAAGUAGAAGCAGAUUUCAAGGAGCGCGUUACUGAGACACAAGCCUGGCUUCGCGAUGCCCACCAGGAACUGAAGGACAUCCAAGGCGAGCUGGCCCAGCGUCAUCAAGAGUUCCUCCUGCAACAAGCUGAUUUUGAGAAGGCCCAGGAGCUGGCGAGGGAGCAGGCCGCCAAGAGGCACAAGGAGGCGCUCGAUGCUCAAGCUCUGGCUCAUGCUGGCAAGGUGAAAGAGCUGGAGACGGAACAUGACGGGCUAAAGGAGCAGGCUCUGAAGGUGGCGAAGGAGAAGGACACGCUCAACGGUGCCUUGGUGGAGGCGGAAGGCACGGUCCUCGGCAAGGCUGAGGAGCUCUCCAAAGCCAACGACUCCAUAAAGGACCUCAAGCUGAAGCUGGAGGGUCUCGAGGGGACGCUCUCGGAGGUCAGGGCCCGAGAGGGGACCCUGACCAAGAAUCUGGAGAAGGAGAGGCAGCCGCGGAAGUACGAGACCGCUAACCACGAGGAUUUCGUGAAGGGCGAAAAUCUCUAG